AUGAAGAAGUUAAGAUCAACUUCUUCCCUGAAAAUUUUGAGUUCAAUCCAUGGGCAAAAUAGUACAGUUGCUCUCUCUCUCUCUCUCUCUCUCUCUCUCUCUCUCUCUCUCUCUCUCUGGAGGAAUGGUUACGGAACAAUGGACGCAGAACCUGCAUCAUUUGAUGUUCACGGUUAUCCGCGAACGGCAGUUAAUUUCACCUUUGCCAUUCACAACGACAGCAACCAGUGUGAUGAGAUACUUUCUUUGCUCGCUGAACCACCGCCACCUCUUUGCCUUUGGGUCAAGUUUGUCCUUGGAGUCUUUCUUAGCAGUCUGGCGGCCAUUACAGUGACCGGAAAUUGCCUGGUCAUCACCGCCGUAUUCACACACAAACACUUGAGGAACUACACUAAUGCUUUCGUAGUAUCGUUAGCUAUUUCGGACACCCUUGUUGGCGGGGCUGUCAUGCCCUACGCUAUCCGGCAAUUAAUGUGGGAUAACCGAUGGGAACACGGCUUAAUUCUAUGUCGAAUAAUUAUUUGUCUUGACGUUACAUUUACGACCACAUCGAUUUUCCACCUGGUCUGCCUGGCUGGGGAUCGUUACUUGGCCAUAUGCAAGCCAUUCCAACAUCAGAAAGUGAAAAAGCGUCACGUGAUCGCCGGCAUCACAAUGUGCUGGACCCUUCCGUUGCUAAUUUCUUUUGUGCCGAUCGCGAACGAGUGGAACUUACUCGGUAUAGAGAAGAUUUACCAGUGCAUCGCCCCGACCGGAAGUGACGUGUGCGUCUUCCUCGUGAACAAAACAUUUGCUGUCACGUGUUCGGCUGUCGCUUUUUACAUCCCAUCUGUGUUUCUCAUAAUGUGUAACGCUCAAAUCUACACAGCGGCCAAGCGGCAAGCGAAACAAAUACGAACGCUCGAACAGGCGAUCAUUCAGAAUAAAAACAAGCGGAAGGCCUUUAAGCACGAAACGAAAGCAGCGAAAACACUGGGCAUCAUUAUGGGUUGUUUUUGUAUUUGUUGGUGCCCUUUCUUCAUCAUCAACGUUGUCGACGCCAUUAUCCAAUACAAGACGCCCUAUUAUUUGUGGCAGGUGGCGCUCUGGCUCGGUUACAGCAAUUCCACCAUGAAUCCGUUUCUCUUUUAUUUUUUCAAUCGCUCAUUCCGAAAUGCCUUCCGUCGGAUUCUGCGUCUUAAAUCGAGGCGAAGCGCUGUCAGCCAAUGCGAUGAUAUAACACGUAUAUCUAUCUAUCUAUCUAUCUAUCUAUCUAUCUACACUCUGUUUAUAACUAUCCAUCGAUCGAUCGAUUUAUCUAUCCCAGCCUGUUCGUAUGUAUUUACCUAUCUAUGUAUCGCAAUCUGUUCGGAUAUAUCUAUUUAUCUCAGUCUGUUCAUAUCUAUCUAUCGACCUAUCUAUCUCAGUCUGUUCGAAUCAAUCUUUUUAUCUCAAUCUCCUCGUAUCUAUCUAUCUAUCUAUCUAUCUAUCUAUCUAUCUAUCUAUCUACGUUAUCUCUCUAUGUAA